AUGCCCUCAGCAACGGAACGUAAGCCGGACUACUACAUCGGAGCUACUGGGCUACCCUUGUUAACGUCCCAUUUCACCACGAUGCAUCGAACGGCCGCAGAUCGUUUCAAUCUAAGCAAAUCUAAUAAUGGCGCUAGCAAUAGUAAGCAGAACAAAUGCUUAUACAAUCUUUCGGUACGAAAUGGUGGAGUUGGAGCCACAUUUCCCACCGGCAAUAACGAUGAUCGUCACGGAUCUAUCGUCACCAGUAACAGCAGGAGAGCAAGCAAUAAAACGGAACAUGAUAUAACAACGAUACCAAGGUACAGCAGCAGCAGCAACAGUAGUACUGGAGGCCGUUGCAGUAAAUCACCCCCACAUCGGAUUUCGGGAUCAACUCGUGAUACCGGUCGGAACUCGUUUGGUACAGCCGGCGGGUGGUACUGCUCGACCGGUAUGGCGGCACACAGUGGGCUGCAGAUAGAUCGAAGCAGAUCGUUAACAUCACCUCCUUCACGGUUGCUUAGUGCCCGUAGCAGUAUGCAGCGCCAUCAACCAACCGCUAGCGCGCGACGAUCCGGUUUGGGACCUCCAGAAGUCUCCGCCGAGGGUUCGCUCGUUUUACACCAACAAUGCAGAUAUUCCAAUCAACACAAGCUGCUGGACAAUCGGUUGACCAAUCAGCGAAGUUACGAUCGCAACAUCUUCGGAUACGAUCAACGUAUGGAUCAGUUCGUACUGCCACCGUUGCAGAUUUAGGGCGCAUGAAACUUAAUGAAUCAUAUCCAAAACCCCAUCCUACAAAUAUGUUUUAAG